GUUUUCGGUUGGCUUUCGUACGGUUUGGUAAUAAUCGGUUUGCCGCGGAGUGUGUGCGCGCAUAGUAGUAGAAAAAGUGUAGAAUUGUGAGUGCGUUUAUUAUUGUGCUUGAAUUUGCAACGGUAGCGAAUCAUUUAAGCGUGUUUUUUCAGCAGUGCUGUUAAAUAAGUAUGUGUGUCAUAAUAUACAAAAUUUAAAGUAAUAAAUACUCAUGAUAAAUAAUUAAUUAAUCGUUAACUAAUUUUAUACAGCUGCUCUGGAAAGUAAUUUCAAACAGACUUUUGCAAACAGUUCAACAAAGUCUAACUCUGCUACAAUAUUUAUAAAUGAUAGGCAUUUUCGGGCCACCAACGCAAAGGAAAUAUUAUAUUCGUAAACAGUGAAUUAAAACAAAAUACUAAACCCAUUCAAAGCUUGAAAGAAGCAGCAGCAGAUAAAUUUCAAUAUUUUAAUUGCUACAAACAACUAUUAAAAGGUCGAACAAGGCGUUUAAAAAAGAAUAGCAUACAAGUGGGCGUCUAUUUACAAAAUUUCUUUACGAAAAAAACACUAACUAGCUGUACGACACGCUUCAGCAGUAGGCGUAACAACAACAAUAACGAAGUAAAGCAGCUUAACGAGCAGAUAUCAGCUGCGCUACGGAAAACAGGAUCUACGUCAGCAAUUUUGACUAACACAAAAAAGUUCGUCGUGUAACAGAAGUGAGCCGCAUAAUAAGCACUAACAAACAACCAGCAGGCAAUUUGAAAUUCUACAAAGCACUCUGCAACGUAGUAUGUUGCAUGCAUUGAAAGCAGCCGGAGUAAAGAAAGAAAUCACCCUUAAAAUGUACACUCAACUGGCCAAUAAAGGACCACGUCCAUUAGUGCUAUGCGGUCCAUCUGGCUCCGGCAAAAGUACUUUGCUUAAGCGACUCUUCGAGGAGUAUCCGAAAACCUUUGGUUUCAGCGUUUCACAUACGACACGCACACCACGUGCCGGUGAGCAACACGGCAAAGAUUAUUAUUUUACUGAAAAGCAAGAGAUGCGCGAGAAGAUAGCGAAUGAUGAGUUCAUAGAAACCGCUACUUUUAGUGGUAAUAUGUACGGCACAAGCAAGGCCGCGGUGCGUGAGAUCCAGAGUAGCGGCAAAGUGUGUGUCUUGGAUAUCGAGCCGCAGGGUGUGGAGCAAAUUAAGAAAACCGAUUUGAAUCCCAUACUGGUGUUUAAUAAUCCACCAACCAUCAAAGACUUGGAGUUGCGCUUGCGCAAACGCCAAAGCGAAACCGAGGAAACGCUGCAGAAGCGGCUUGCCGCUGCCGAGACAGAGAUAGCUUAUGGUUUGAAACCUGGAAACUUCCACAAGAUCAUACAUAAUGUCGAAAUUGAUGUGGCUUAUGCAGAGUUCAGGGAAUUUAUUUUGAGCGAGCUGAAGCAGCAAGAAGCCCAAGGCGUCCAAAUAUGUUGGGAGUGAACGCUGAAAAGCAUCUAAAUUUUCACUAAAUAAAUAAAAUUGUUACUUGAAUUAUUGGAAGAAAAAACUAUUUGAAACAAAAACAUACCUCUCAAUGUUGUAGAAGUUCGUUAAUAAAUGCUUAUAAAUAUAGAGAA